CCUGCAGGAUUCUGGACUGGAGCAUCUGUGUCCUGGACUGGAGAGUCCACACUGUCACCUGGAGUCUCUCAGGCUGUCAGCCUGUCUGAUCUCAGAGGAAGGAAGUUCUUCUCUGGUCUCAGCUCUGACCUCCAACCCCUCCCACCUGAGAGAGCUGGACCUGAGCUACAACCAUCCAGGAGAGUCAGCAGGGAAGCUUCUGUCUAGACUGGAGGAUCCCCGCUGGAGACUGGACACUCUCAGGGUGGAGCCUGCUGGACAACGAUGGCUGACACCAGGUCUGAGGAAGUAUUCCUGUCGACUCACCGUCGACACAAACACAGUCCACAACGACAUCAAACUGUCUGACAACAACAGGAAGAUGAUGUUUGUGGGGGAUCAGUCAUAUCCUGAUCAUCCAGACAGGUUUGAUUACUAUCGUCAGCUGCUGUGUAGAGAAGUUCUGACGGGUCGCUGUUACUGGGAGGUCCAGUGGAGCGGACGUGUUUCUGUAUCAGUGAGUUACAGAAGAAUCAGCAGGAAAGGAACCUCUGGUGACUGUAGGUUUGGAGGAAACAAUCAUUCCUGGAGGCUGGACUGUUCUCCAGGUUAUCAGUACCGUGUCCUUCACAAUAACAGAGUAACAUUCAUCACCUCCUCAUCUCCAUGUCCAGACUCUGGCAGAGCAGCAGUUUACGUGGACGUUCCUGCUGGAACUCUGUCCUUCUAUGAAGUCUCUGACAGACUGAUCCACCUCCACACCUUCAACACCAGCUUCUCUGAACCUCUCUGUGCUGGAUUUGGAUUCUGGUCCGGUUCUGGUUCCUCAGUGUCUCUGUGUCCAGUUUAGUCUCCAGAGUCUCCGCUCAGAGAAACCGUCUCUGUUGGAUCCUGGACUUGGACUCUGGUUCUGGUUCCUCAGAGUCUCCAUGAUGAAGAUGAUGAUGGUGAUGAUGAUGAUGAUGAUGACGAUGAUGAUGAUGAUGAAGAUGAUGAUGAUGAUGAUGAUGAUGAUGAUGAUGAUGAUGAUCGUUUGUUUAGUUUUUUUGGUUCGGUUGGUUUGGUUUUGUGUUUUUAUUUGAUAUUCUUCACCUGUAAAUACUAUUAUUUACUGGAAUGUUGACGUUUGAUCAUAAAUUAGAUUUUCAUCUCAUUAUUCUUGUUUUAUUCUUGAUUCUGACUCUGUCUCGGGGCGGUUUAGAAAUGUAAAUUCCUCAUUCACUGGACCCACAACUUUCACACGCUCAUCCAUUUCCACUUCUCCGCUACUAUUAUUA